GGUCCAGGGGAUUGCUGCUCCUUGGUUUCCUGGCUGCAGCAAGGAAAUCCCCAAGCCAGAGCAGAACUAGGGGGUGGCUGGGGUAGGGGCGGGAGCGUAGGAGAAGCUAGAGAGAGGUGACAGGGAAGGAGACAGACACUGACGACAGGGAGCACAAGAAAGGGAAGGAGACAGUGAGGGAGGCAGGAAGAGUGACUCACAGGGAGAAGGGAAGACAACAGACAGCACCAGGAAGGGAGGAGAGCAAGGAACAUUUUCUUUCUUUCUUUUUUUUUUUAAGCAGGAAGACAGGAUGGAAAACCAACAGGGAAAGGAAGAGAGGGAGUGAAACAGACAAACUGACGGGGAGAUCGAGAAGUGGGGGAAACAGGAAGCUAGGGAACGAGGGUGAGGGGGAAAAAGAGAUAGCCUGGAAGAGAGGAAGAGGCAAAACUGAGCAAGAAGGAGAAGGAGCUCGAGGGGCAGCAAGUGACCCAGAGAGAGGGGAGCUCAGGAGGGUCAGAACCAGGGUCCCAGGGGCAGGGCAGGUGGGCCUCAGAAGAAACAACACCUCAGAUCUCAUGGCGGGCCGGACAGUGAGGGCUGAGACCAGGAGCCGGGCCAAGGAUGACAUCAAGAAGGUGAUGGCAACCAUCGAAAAGGUCCGGAGAUGGGAAAAACGCUGGGUGACAGUGGGAGACACUUCCCUCCGUAUCUACAAGUGGGUGCCUGUGGUGGACCCACAUGAGGAGGAACGUCGACGGGUGGUAGGUGGGGCUGAAAGACCCCGAGUCAGGGAACGGAGGGGUCGGGGAGCCAGUCCAAGAGGAGGUGGUCCUCUCAUCUUGCUUGACCUCAGUGCAGAUGAGAACAGCAAUCAGAGCUUUCACUCAGAGGGCUCCCUGCAGAAGGGCACAGAGCCCAGUCCAGGGGGCACUCCUCAGCCUAGCAGACCAGCCUCACCUACCGCUCCACCAGAUGGGACUCCUGAGGAGGCCCAGCCCCCAAGGCUGGGACAGGAGAGAGAUCCAGGGGGUGUGACUAUGAGUGGGACAGAUGAACCCCCAAUGCUGACCAAGGAAGAGCCUGUGCCUGAGUUACUGGAGGCUGAGGUUCCUGAAGCUUACCCAGUCUUUGAACCAGUGCCCCCUGUGCCUGAGGCAGCUGUGGGGGAAACUGAAGAAUCAGAGGGGGCACCUCCUCUCAAGCGUAUCUGUCCAGAUGCCCCUGAAGGCAGUCCACUCCCCUCAGAUCCUUAAAUGUGAAAAGCUGAUCCGUAACCUGUUGUGUCUCCCCUGGCUUUUUACAAAUAAAGAAACUUUUGUA